CGAUCAAUUCGUCACCCUCCCGACAAAAAUACCGUAGUGGCGCAUUCUUUUUUUCAGCCCUCCUGCUCAUAAUAUUUACUCGAAGAAGAACCAUCGAAUGUGAACAUCCCACGCUUUCAGCUUCUACUCUCAACUUCGUUAUCAUGUCAAACCAAGUCGCACCUCAAGUUUCAACAAGCAUCAUAUCAAGGCAUCAAAGAUACGGUCAAGAGAAGAUGACAUUGGAAAAUCGUCUAUCGGUGGCUGUUUCCCUUUCUUUGGGCGAAAAAUUCCUCUGCAAUGGACAGUUCGAUCAAGCUACCGAUGCCUUCGAUUCGGCGCAACGGCUGCUAACUUCUGCCCCCCUGCCAAUCGAAACUCAUGACUGUCCCAUCAAGUGCAACACCUUUUCAAGCCUAGUCUGCUCGUCAGAACGACCAAUGCCUGCCACUCACAUUGAUACAUACCAAGAAGACGAAUGUGAUGUCGGUGCGAGACAAUUCGCUGCGGCAAUUGUUCCCGACGAUGUCGUUGGCCUAGAUGAUAAUGUAUUACAGCUCAUCAUCGCUUACAACAAAGCUGUUGUCUACCAAGCAAGCAAGAAUUAUCAAUACGCAUGCAUCCUCUACAAGCUAAUUGUCGACACAGUCCGAUCAUGUCUUUCUUCUGGAAACACCGACGCGACAUUGAUGCACCUUGCAAUGCGUUCCCACAACAAUAUGGGUCAGAUCGAAUACUGUACCGGGCAUUCCGAAGAACGAGCCUGCGUUGAAUUUGAAAGUGCUCUUGUUUAUGCUAGGCAUCACUACAACCACUCUCGAAUGCACCACAAUGAGAUCGAUUUGCUGCCAUCCAAUACCGCAACCAUUCAAAUCAACGCAGUGACUACUCCUCCAGAGUACCAAUUGGAAAUCGCCACUGUUUUGUCCAACUGGUGCCGAACUCGAUGGAUGAUGGGACACCAUGACGGGACCAUGUUCGCCGCCCUAGAAGAUGUCAUUCGCAUCCGUACCGCUAACCUUGAAUCCGACCAUCUCGAUGUCGCCGCGGCUCAUUUCAAUAUCGGAAGAGCUUUGUUCUCCCGUGGUUGCAACCAAAAGGCUUUGAAGCAUUUGCUGUGCUACAUGCGAACCGCGUAUACGCGAUUUGAAGAACAAAACAUUAGCAUCAACAAAUCGAGUGCCGUCGAGAACAACAAAUCCACCGCCGCCGACUUGGAUCCAACGCUGGGUCUGAUUUAUGUUCUUCAGAUCCAAAAUCAAGAAAAGAACGAUUCGAUUUCGCGAGACCUUGUGUGGGGCCUCCUCAGCCUCCAAGACAAGCUAAAAAAGCUAGGCCCCAUCCAUACAGAUGUGGCUUCGGUCCUCAAUUAUAUUGGAACGCUUUUGUUCCGUCGACGAGAAUUGAAUUACGCACUUUGCUUUUUUGCACAAGAAUUAUGCGUCGAAGAACAACUUAAGGCGCAGUCAGACAGCGAGCCAUUUUCUAAUAACGAAGACAAUGUCAGCAUCAUCGUUACAUGCAACAAUAUUGGUCGCAUUCUUCAAGAGUUGGAGCGAUACCAAGAGGCAAAAUAUUAUUACCAACGAUCACUUGGUGACGAUGAGAAUUUGUUGACUUGGAGCUGCUGCGGUGAACAAAAAGGCAAAUGCAGGAACGCGAAGAAGGCAUGCGACCGUGAUAUCCUUGAAGACGACGAUGCUUUGGAUAUUCCUGCACCUGCCAUGAACCUUUACUCAACAGUGUGGUACAAUCUAGGUCUCAUCCACGAUAAAAUGGGAGCCUUCAACGAAGCCAUCCAAGCAUUCCGCAUGUCCCUCAAGCUUCGACGAGCUAUGCUUGGUCACGAACAUUCGGAUGUUUCUUGCCUGUUUUACAACAUCGGUGUCUUGCAAAUGGAACAGAACCUCCUCAGCGAAGCCACCGAAUCGUUCCGCGAAGCUCUUGCUCACCGACACGUUUCGGGAAAGGGGCAGCUGAAUGAUGCUCACGUCAUUAGAACUCUCCGAAAACUUGCAUCCAUGCACAAAUCCAAAGGCAACAUUAAGGGCGCCAUUGCCGCGUACGAAGACGUAAUCGCUGUACUCAAUUCCUCGAAUGAUUUUGAGACUGUCGUUCGCAACCAAAAAAUCGGCAUUGCUAUGUGCGAUAUUGCAGAAUUGCACCAAGCACAAGGAAGUCUUAAAGUUGCUUUGGAAUAUGCAAUGGGGAGUGCCGACACACUUCUCGCUAUGCGAAAUUCUGUUUUGGAAAACGAGACCACUAUGGGCGUUGAUGACGUCAACGAGGACCUACAGUCCUACGUCGAAGUUGAAACAAGGGCUCUUCUAUUGGUCGGCAGCCUUCAACACGAAUUAUGUGAACCGUUGAAUGCGCAACAUGCCUUCUCCAAAACGGCUUGUGUGUUGCACUCGCAUUUGAGCACAUCCAUGACAAACUCUGCAGCUGCCCAAAAAACGAAAUCUACUCUCUUCCCACUUUUGGAAGUCAGCAUGAUGCUAUCUAACUUAAGCUGCGCACCCGAAGCGUAAAGCGACCAAUCCACGAAUUCAAUACCGUUUUGCACAAGCUAGCUACUUCCCAAAUUUUUGAUAAUAAAUUUUGAGACCAUCGUUCAUCCAGCCCCCACGCAUUACAACUAAGGCAAUGUACGGGCAAGUCACAACGAUAAGGUCUAUGUCUGCACAUAAACUACAUAAAACAUU